AUGCAGGAGAAGGAGCAUGAAGAGCUGAAGAUUCAGGAGAAGGAGCACGAAGAGCUGAAGAUGCAGGAGAAGGAGCACGAAGAGCUGAAGAUGCAGGAGAAGGAGCACGAAGAGCUGAAGAUGCAGGAGAAGGAAAACGAAGAGCUGAAGAUGCAGGAGAAGGAGCAAGAAGAGCUGAAGAUGCAGGAGAAGGAGCAAGAAGAGCUGAGGAUGCAGGAGAAGGAGCAAAAAGAGCUGAGGAUGCAGGAGAAGGAGCAAGAAGAGCUGAGGAUGCAGGAGCAAGAGCAAGAAGAGCUGAGGAUGCAGGAGCAAGAGCAAGAAGAGCUGAGGAUGCAGAAGCAAGAGCAAGAAGAGCUGAGGAUGCAGGAGCAAGAAGAGCUGAUGAUGCAAGAGCAAGAAGAGCUGAGGAUGCAAGAGCAAGAAGAGCUGAGGAUGCAGGAGCAAGAGAAAGAAGGGCUGAGGAUGCAUGAGAAAGAGAAAGGAGCUGAGGAUGUAGGAGCAAGAGAAAGGAGCUGA